AGUUAGUUGUGAACGAAUCGUCGGCGUGUGUAAACGUGUCCGUAGUGUAACAGCGCGAUUUUGAAUUCCCAACGAGGAGCAACGAAAUCGAAAUCGUAUUCGUUUGUCGUAUUGAAGAACGGACGUCUUUAUUUGAAAUACUUGGCCUGCUAUAUAGCUGCCAAUAAAAUAAAACGCGAGUGCAAUUUGUAACGGUCAAUCGCUGUAAGCGAAUGCAAAUGAAUUGAGAAUCGACGGGUCACAUUAAUAAAGCAAUCAAUUCAUAAUAAAAAUACAAAUCGAAAAGCAAUUCAAAACAUACACACACACAUACUCAAUAAGCAAUCAAAGUGUAAUUGAAGGAAUUGAAUUAUCAGAAUCUUUGACAACAAAUGCAGACAGACCUAAGCACACUUAUACACAUGUAUAUUGCUUUAUUGCGAUUAUUAUGUCAUGAAGAAUCGCAACACGCGAAAUCGAAAUCUUUGAGAAAGAAGGAGAAGCAAAUUGCAAUUUAACAGUGUUGUUUUAUUUUAGUUGAAACAAAGCGCAGCAACAACAAUCGCGAGCAAGGCUAGACACGCGUCUUUUUUGCACACUUUUUACAGAGCGAGCAACAACAACAGCAACAGCAAAACCUCACUGCGUGUUUUGUUUGUGCGAGUGUGUGUGUGAAAACAGCCUAACCGGCAAGUGCAAUACGUUAGUGUAUGUGUGUGCCGCUCUCACGCUCUCUCGCGCUCUACCGCUGCCGCCGUCGCUGCUGCAGUCGCAGUCGCAAUCGUUGCUUUUGCAUUUACCUUUACCUUAGUCGCUCUGCCUAUUGAGCUGAGUGCGUCUGUGUGUGUGGGUCUCAGUCAGUGUCAGUGUAUUAGUGUCGAACAGCUGUUUAGUGCAACAUGCAGCGAAGCUGCCUAAAAUCAACAUAGUGGCCUUACAAACACACGCACGCACGCACACACAUACCCACGUUUAACAUAUCGCGUUGCUAAACAAAGCAAAAAGGAAAAAAAACAAAACGAAAAAAAGAGAACGUGCUACACUCAAAGAUUGAAGUCCGGUUUGCAAUUUCUGCAUAAAUUGAGCACAAGAAUUUCACAUCAUCAUCAUCAGCAUCAUGGCCGGCAGUCUGACAAAGUUGCUGCUCGUCGCAUUUCUCUGCAGCUUGGCUGCGGCCAAACAUUUGGGCGACGCUGGCGUCGGCGCGGCUGCCAAUGACCACCACCUUCAACACAGCCAGCACCAAUACCAUCAACACCAGCAUCAACACAGCGCCGCAACGCACCACCGUCGACGCCUGCAGCGCGACUCUCGUGCCAAGGAUACAGCGCUACAGUGCGAAGCGGUCAAGGGUUACUUCGAAUCGAUCGACAUCAGGUCGAGUGGAGUUUACAAUGAAAAAGGCGCCAUUUGCGGUGGCAACUGUUGCAACAAUGCCACGGAAUUGGAGUUACGCGACAAAGCAUCGGACAAGUUCGAGCAACUGCUGCAUCAUCACACAAGCAGUCUGCGGGGCAUAUUGGAGACAACGGCCACUCAGUUCCAAAGUCACGUCCUCGAGCUAGCCGAGCAGUCUGAGAACAAGACACUCACCAUUUUCUCGAAAGUCUACAGCCGAAUGGUGCCGCUGGCACAGCAACUGAUUCAUCAGCUCUACACGGAACUCAUAAAUCACCUGAAAUACACGUCCAACUAUAGCAAUGGCCAAGGCAAUAGCAUACUGAAUAGUCAGAGCAAUUUGGAGGAUGCGCUGCACAAGUUCUUCGAGCAACUCUUUCCCGUUGCCUAUCAUCAUGGAGUGCAUCUGUCGAAGAACAACUACGGCGAACUGCACGAGGAUUACAUCAAUUGUCUGAAGCACAACUUUGAUGAUCUGCAACCCUUUGGCCAGAUACCCAAGGAUGUUCAAAGCACUCUGCUACAAAGCGUUCACAUGUCCAACAUCUUUAUGAAUGCGCUCAUCCAGAGUGCCGAGGUGAUCAGUGAAAUGGAUGCUUUGUAUGGCGAACGUUUGACAGACACCUGCAAGUUGCAUCUGCUCAAGAUGUACUAUUGUCCCAACUGCAACGGACAUACAGAGCAUAGCAGACCAAAGCUCUGCUACAGCUACUGCAUGAAUGUGAUGCGCGGCUGCUCAGCGCAGUUCUCCGGUGUGCUGGACAAACCCUGGACUAGCGUGGCGGAAGCCUUGGAUAAUCUGGUGUCCAAUCACAUACGCUCUGAGAGCGGUAUAAUGGCUGUCAUCAAGCAGCUGGACACCAAGUUGUCGGAGGCCAUCAUGAAGGCCAUGGAAAAUGGUGCAGAACUCGAGAAAAAGGUGAAGAAAACAUGCGGCUCCCCCAAUCUGUUGCCACCACUGACGGGCGAGGCACCGGAUACCUUGCAACAGCACAACAGCGUCAAAUGGGCUUUGCCGCCAGAUGCAGCUCUCGUGCACUUCCUGUCGACCAUCGAGAAGUCGAAGAAGUUCUUCACCAACAUUGUGGACAACUACUGUGAUGAGGAUUACACGCAGACCGACGAUCAUAUGUGUUGGACGGGUAAUCGUGUGGGUGAUUACACACAGCUGCUGAUGACACCGAGCUCGGAUACACAGCGCUACAAUCCCGAGGUGCCAUGGGAGAAGGAGUCGGAGAUUGGUCAGCUCAAUGUGCUGGCCGACAAGCUGAACAAGAUACGUCAGAGCAUUGGCGCACCUGUGGCUAGUCCGCCUAUGCAUGAUGUGCAGAGCGAUAUGGGACACGAGGGUUCGGGCGGUGGCAGCAGUCAGAUCAACGAUGACGAUGAGGAAUAUGGCAUUCAUGCCUCCGGCGAUGGAUCAGGCGAUGGUCCUUCGACUUUCUAUAAUCCAGCUGGCACCACGCCGAUCACAGACAAUGAAAACGCCAGAGAAGACCCAUCGAAGGGUGCAGCCAGCGGGCUGACGAUCAGCUUGACGAUCAGCGUGCUGCUCACUCUAGUCACACUCUACAGUAGUUGUAGUUAAAGAAGCAGCAGCAACCCAAAAUCCCAAAAAAACAAAACAAAUCAUAAAUAUUUACAAGUAUAUGAAUAUACAAGAUAUCUAUAUAUAUAUGUAUACUAUAUAUAUUCUAUAUAUAUAUGUAUGAAUGGCAAAGCAAAUUGAGCGCGCACAAAGUUCGACGCAAGUAAUUAAUUGAUUGAAUUGAUUGAUUAAUUAUUUGGAUAAUUCUUAAGUUGUUACCAUUAAUUUAUUAGCCCACUAAGAGCAACCACUUUGCAAUCACGAAGCGCGUUUGAAAUGCAACCACAAUCUUCAGAGAAUACCCAAAAAAAACAAAAAAGAAUAA